AUGCGGCGCAUCUUCGUUCCCUCCGUCGCCGCGCUCAUCCUCGCCGCCGCGGUCCUCCUCGCGCUCCCCGUCCCUUCCGCGGCUGAGUGCGCGCGCUUCUGCGCGCAGAUACCCCCUGAAGAACUCGAGACAGCCGAGCUGACCAGGUGCGACACCUGCGGGGAAGACUUGGAGUACGAUGGGUCUCCUUGCGUUGAUCCUCCCUGCUGCGCCGGCUGGUGCGAGUGGGUCCCUUUAAAGGUUCAACCACUGGUGUCUCGAUGCGAGGACUGCCCAAUUCCAGACGAAGAGGAAGAGAGCCGGUCCAGAGGUUGCCUCAAGCCAAGCUGGUGUGGCUUUAUUCCGAGGAACGUGCAAGAAUUGGUCGGUCCUUGCAGCACCCGCUGCUAA